AAAGGUAGUUUUUUUAUAACUCCUGAUUUCUUAACCAACACAAACUUAUAUAAUAGUCAUGAAGCACUCUUGGAGAUGAAGCCAAACAUCAGAUUAAUCAGAUUAGUGGUGUAAUGAAUCAGGCAUUAAAUAAUUACGAUUCUUGGUUACGAUCAAUGUGUUUACCUUGAACAGUUGCAAUACAAACAAUACAGCUAUGAUUGCAAGUUUACAAUGAUCCUUAGAAGAAAAAGUACUAUAGAUAUCAAAUGCUGUUACUGUUGGCUAUGAACAUAAAGCAUACAAAAUGAAAUCGUACCGUUUUCUUUUUUUUUGGUUUUCACCAUUCAGAGAAAGAUCAAGAAACUAGAAUUAAAAAGAUUACCUCAGUUGUUAUAAGUGGACAGUGGAAGUCUUGUAACAUCUUCCACUUGCAAGAGAACCUAGCAACUUAUUCUUUCAUACAUUUUCCUGGUUUAGUCUCUUCCCUGUCCUUUUAUUACUAAGAGAUGCUGAAAUUAUUUUGAAACAACAAAAUCAAGGGAAAUAAGAUGCAAACUGCUGGACUCUUAUUCCUACAAUUGUUUGCAGGCCGGAUAUUCAAAACCAAACGAUAUGGAAGAGAAAUUUCGUAUAGCAGUAGGCAUUUCAGGGAAUGCAGCCUCUAUGCUACUUUAUGCAGCACCUAUAUUCACUUUCUCAAAGGUGAUAAGGAAAAAGAGCAUUGAAGAGUAUUCAUGUGUGCCAUAUAUCAUGGCUCUGUUGAACUGUGUUCUUUAUACUUGGUAUGGCUUGCCAGUUGUAAGUUACAAAUGGGAAAACUUUCCAGUGGUUACAAUCAAUGGAAUAGGCAUUCUUCUGGAGCUAUCUUUCAUAUUAAUAUAUUUCUACUACGCUUCAACCGAUGGAAAGAAAAAGGUGGUUAUGAUGACUCUACCUGUUCUCCUGCUGUCCAGUUCAGUCGUGCUACUAUCAGCAUUUGCAUUCCACGAUCACCAUCAUCGAAAGGCGUUUGUUGGAAGCAUAGGACUGGUAGCAUCUGUAGCAAUGUAUGGCUCUCCACUGGUGGCUAUGAAAAAAGUAAUACAGACGAAGAGCGUGAAGUUUAUGCCGUUUUACCUGUCACUCUUCUCGUUUCUAGCCAGCUCCCUUUGGAUGGCGUAUGGACUAUUAAGCCAUGAUCUUUUUCUUGCGUCUCCGAAUCUUGUUGGUAGCCCACUAGGCAUCCUGCAGCUCAUCCUGUACUGCAUAUACAGGAAAAGGGGAGGUGUGAAACAGCCUCAGAAAUGGGAUCUCGAAACUCAUUCUGAGAAAUCCGAGCAACAUCUAGAGGUGAAAGAGGCAAACACAGAUGAUAAACCAAUUCAGUAUCUAAAGGUGGAUGAGGAAAAAGAUGAUGAGAAAGCAAAUCAGCAGCAGUUGCAGCUAGUGGUUGCUGAUGCAACAAAAGCAAACUAGUUGAUGUACUUGAGAAUAAAUGCCAUGAACAUGAGACAGAGGUGGGUGCAGAAUCGUUUCGCCUCGCCUCGCCUCACAACAAAUGAGGAAAAAGUUGCGGCAUGCUAGAUAACUAUAUCUAUAAAUGAAAGUUUGCUAAAGGUGCAAAAAAAAAAAAGUUCAUCAUUCUGUAUAAAACUUGCAUCCUUUUCAACCUACGAGAAUCACUUGACAACAAUUUGAUGUAUAAUCUGGAAAAUUUGGAUAAACAAUUACCAGUUUAUAGCU